GAGUUCUCAAAGUCUUGGAGGAGCACAAGAUGUUGUACAAGUUGAAGUUGGUGCCAUCCCAGCUCCUUGUCCAUCCCCAGAACAGAUCUGGUGGUUUGCUGAAUGUGGCAGACAUGCAUGCAAAAGGUGAGCACAGUGUCAAAUCUGGUGCUAAUGAAUUGGAAGUAGCAGCCACAAUAGCUGCUGCCUUUGAGCAACAAGAAAGUUCAAGCAAGGAUUUGAAGAAAGCCCAGGCUUACAUCAAGGAUGGUGCCAGCAGAUUCAUCACACCUUCUGACUUUACCAAGUUGAAACAGAAAGCCAUGCUGGACAAGGUCAAGCAGGCUCAGGAGUUGCUGUGGAAAGGCUAUGAGCUUUUGCAAGCAUCUCCACUGACAUUGGACCAGCAGGCACAUCCCAUGGCCAGGUACCUCACCAGACUUGGCUUGUUUCUCUUGAACAAAGAAAGCAAAGGGCAGGAAGGGAAAGAAUAUACAAGCUUGGCCAACAUCACUGAUGCUUUCACUGCUGAAUGCUUUGAAAUGAAGCAACAUGGACAUUUGAAUGCAAGGCAAGCAGAGCUUGCUGAGGAAAGUGAUGACAAGGAAAUGCCAGAAGCCCUGGAAAGUUGCCAAGAUCCUAUCCAAAUUGCUUGCAAGAUGUUCAAAUUGAAGGUGGGGAGCCAUUACACCCACAAUGGCCAAGUCAUGAAGCUCACCAAGGUUGAAAAGAAUUCAGCCACCUUGGUCUACACCCCCUUCUUUGGCUCUGCAGUGGACCACACCCUGACCCAUGAUGAUUUGAAAGGCAUCAAGCCUUUCACAAGGCCAGUACCUCAUUUGCACUCUGCUGCAGAUAUUGCUGCUCUCUACCCCAGUAAUGCAAUGGUCAAGGAGAUUGCCAGGGCCAAGGCCCAGCAUUUGCUGCAUGAAAAAUACCUGCAGUGCCUUGGCUGCCAUUCAGUGUUUUGUUGCCCAACCUUUUUCUUGGGUGGUGCAUUGGUUGCACACCCAGCACACUACUGCAGGACUGGAGAAUUUGAUGUGGUUGUGUCCAGCAUGGGGCAUUUGUUUGCCAAUGCAGAUUUCAAGAAGGGUGAGCUGACUUUGCUGCCCUUUGGGAAUGUGGCUGUGGUGGCCAAGGAGAAAGUGGCCAAGACUUCAGUGGUCCUGUUUUUGGCUGGGUGGCGACAAGAAGAUCAGCUUGUGGUGAGCCAUACCAAGUGCAAUUUUGAGAAGGCCACUGGCUGCUGGUCACCUUUCUUCUGGUGCAAGGAGAGCAAGGAUGACAAAGAGGAAAAGCCCAACAUGACAAAGGCAACUGUGCAGUAUGAUGAGCUGACCAUGCCUUGCAUCAAGAACAAAGAAAAGCUGACCAAAGGGACAGCUUUGUUUUUGGAGCCCACAGAGGAAUAUUUGAAGGCGCAGCCAUCACACCCAAUGAUUGUCAAGCUGGUAUGCAAAGAUGAGCAAGAAAAUUUCCAGAAGACCAAGAAUGCCAGCCUGUCUGGUUCUGAGCAGCUGAAAAAGCUGAAGGCACAACUGCAGUCUGUCAUCCAAAAGGAACUGGACAGCUAUGAAACAAAUCAGGGCCAGCCUUUGUUUGGAGAUGGCCAACAAACUGCCAACAAAUCAAAGGCCAAAUUCAUCAUGGCAAAGGCAUCCCAAUGCUUUGAGACUGUAGUCCUGGAUGUGGAGGGCACUAAUGUGGUCUGCCUGUUUCCACCCAAUGACAAGUUCCAGGAAAUCAUGAUUCAGUUAAAUGAAGACAUGCUGGAAGCUGUUUUCAACUUUUUGGCCCAGGACUGCAAAAGCACCUUGGAGAACAUGGCCAAGAGAGGUUAUAAGAGGAAGCAGGAGUGGGCUCAGGACUUGACUGUCCAAUGGGAGGAGCAUUUGAAGAAGGAGAAGGAAAAAGGUUUGCCCAUACCUGCUGAAGUUCCAGCUGAUGCCACUGGAGCCCUGUUUGAAGUAGCUGCUGCUAUGGCUAUGGCAGAACCCGUUGGAGUAGUGCCUGCAGACCCAGCUGAGCCCCCUGCAAUCAAAGCUGCAACCCCAAAGGCAAAGACAUCUGUGAAGAGGAAAGAAGAAGAUGAAGAGUUUGUUUGGGUGGUGGAGGAGCCCCCACCAAAGAAGAAGGCAAAGCUUCCUAUGGGCCCUUGGAGCAAGCAAAAAACAGUGGAAGUCAAGGUGGAGACAAAGGAGGAGGAUGAUUCUGAUCUGAAUGAGCUGGUGCUGGUGAUCAUGGAGAUAUUCCAGAGAGAAAGCCUGCAGUUCCAGCAGCUGGAACACCAGGACAAGUACUACUGGUGGGAUGCACAAGGGAAGGAGUUAGAUCAGUAUUCAUCCCUUCAUGCCCUACAAGUUCCAUUGCAGACCUUGAUGAGUGUUAUUUUGGCCAAAGGCCCUGCAAGAGCCCUGGAGGAAUUCAAAAGAAAUCCCGACCAGUUCCACUAG